AUGUGAUAACCAAGCGGAGCUUGGCAGCUAACCUCACAGUUCUGUUAAUCAGCUCUCUAAUCAUAAUUUUCCACAUGUUACAAAUGCUUUGGUUAAAAUGAUGCAAAAGGUCCACGCAAUGGUUGGGCCAGAAUGGCAAACCUUAGUGAAUCAGUAUCAGCUAGACAACGGCAACAAGUUCUCAUGGAGUUUUUUGAAAACUCCGUGAAUCUGACGGUCGAUUUCCACACGCGAGUGGAGUACUUGGUGACUGGAGAAAAACCACCAUCUGAGGAACCUGGACUGGAGGAUACAUGCGGUGUGAUCUGAAAGAAAGAUUGGUCAGAGAGAUCGACGACAAUGCGCGACACAAUCCUUACCUGCCCAGUCUGCUUCAGAAAAUACGAGCUGGAUAGGUAUUUCCUGAAACAUCUUCUCGACAAGCAUAAUUUAAAGCAGUGCGAAAGUUGCCAGGAGUAUAUAAAUAUGAAAACUGGAAUCCACACGUGCGAAGAAGCAAUUUUUUCAUGUGAAUCAGUUGACACGUAUGUGACAUCAGGCGAAGUCUUGUACGAAGAGAUAAGUGCACAUGAUGGCGAGACACCGGAUUUCCUGGUAGAAGAUGACAACGGUCAUGAACAGUCAACGAACGUUAUGUUGGGUAAUCAUUUGCUGAUAUCACAUAACAUCACGUUCCAUGAAGAAGACGCCACUAUGGAAGUUAAUGCGAACGAGACUUUAAGCCCGGAAUCAGUUGAUAUGCCUUAAUCACUAGCUGUCCUCAAUCAAGAUCGUCAUCCGUUGAGUGUUACUACCGCAGAUCGGUAUCCGGAACAGCCCAGCUCACUUACUGAGCAGAUGCGGUGGAUGCAAAAAAAUUUACACUUAAAAAGUAAAGGGAAAAUUCUUCUUGAUGACAUCAAUGUAAAGAGUGUGAAAAGGCGAAAAGUACUUGCCG